AUGGAACUAUCUUCUUGUCUACCAGAUAGGACAAAGACAAUUCAAAGGGACAAUGGAAAUGCAUCAGUAUCCAGCAGAAAUUCGAAGAUCUGCGCAAAUUCUGAGCCUGAUCAAGGAAUAUGCGAUAUAUUCAGAACAGUCCUUAAUGAAGCUUGGGCAGCGAACGAUCAUAUGACUGAGCCCGCUGAUCCCAACGAUUUUCCACAGAAGGAGGACCUCAACCAGCAGACCUCCAUCUCCCACAGCAAUGAAGGAUUGAACAACGCUAUCCCAAAUAUUCUUGGGACUGGCCCUGAAGCUUCUCAGAACAAGAUGGCGAACGGUCGCGUAAUGGCGUCUGCAAUUCUCGGUCUCAAUGGAAAGCCGUUAAGAAUACGCACAAUAAAGAAGUCGAAGCUUAGGAUGGCCCGCGAAGCAGAAUCUCGAACAAAAAUAGGUGAGAGCACGAUGAGUUUAAGUCGAGCACAGGACUUGGGAAUUGUUGGUACUGAUGGAAAAAAAGUCUUCAGUCAAGCUCAAGGAGAAGAUUAUUAG